AUGAUGAUGGAGAAGCGGAGGAGGAGAAGGGUUGAGCUGAUUGUAAUGUUUACAGUGCUGAUAUUCUUCUGCAUUCUGGGUUGCAUCUCUGCUGCCACAGAUCCAACCGAUGCUUCAGCUCUACGUGUCAUGUACAGUUCCUUAAACUCACCAGGUCAGCUGACCCAGUGGAGCGCAAAUGGUGAUGAUCCUUGUGGCCAGAAUUGGAAAGGCGUUACAUGUUCUGGCUCGCGAGUCACGGAAAUAAAAUUGUCCGGUCUUGGACUCUCUGGGACAAUGGGGUACCAGCUUGACAGUUUAAAAUCAUUAAAAUCCCUGGACAUGAGCAGCAAUAAUCUUGGAGGCAAUAUACCUUACCAAUUGCCACAAAACCUGGAAAGAUUGAAUCUCGCUAAUAAUCAGUUCAAUGGAGGAAUACCAUAUUCCAUUUCUCAGAUGGCCUCUCUGAAGUACUUAAGCCUUGCUCAUAAUCAGCUUCAGAAUCAACUGGGAGAUAUGUUUGGAUCACUUACUUCCUUGUCCACAUUGGAUAUAUCUUCCAACCAACUAGCAGGGAAUCUGCCUGAGAGUUUUGGCUCCCUUCCAAGCAUGACAAAUAUGUACCUACAAAACAACCAAUUCACAGGCACCAUUGAUGUCCUUGCUAGCCUUCCUCUUCAAACCCUGAAUAUUGCUAACAAUCGUUUCACCGGCUGGGUUCCACAACAGUUGAGCAGCAUUAACAUCAUAAAGGACGGAAACAAUUGGAACUCUGGACCUGCACCCCCUCCUCCACCUGGGACACCUCCAGUCCACAAACUUCCAGGCCAUAAACCUGGCGGCAAUGGUGGUGCAUCAAAUGCUGGCAGUGCUGAUGGUAGUGGCAGCAAAAAAUCAGGAAUAGGGGGAGGUGGUAUUGCUGGAAUAAUUAUAUCUAUCUUGGUCGUUGGUGCAAUAGCUGCCUUCUUCUUUGUGAGAAAAAGAUCCAGCAGGAGAUCAUCAGAUGUUGAAAAGCUUGAUAAUGAACCAUUUGCUCCUCUUUCUGGCAAUGAAGUAGAAGAAAUGAAAUCCGUACACAGUUCAUCCUCAAUCAACACUAAAACCUUGGAUGUCCCAGCGUCAAUGACUCUCAAGCCCCCACCUAUAGAUCGCACAAAAUCAUUUGAUGAGGAUGAAUCUGUCAAGAAGCAUGUUGUCAAGAAACGUGUUGCAGCUCCUGUUAAUGUCACAACAUACUCAAUAGCGGACCUCCAAUUGGCAACUGGAAGCUUCAGUAUCGAGCAUCUUCUUGGUGAAGGGUCUUUUGGGCGUGUUUAUCGAGCUCAUUUUGAUGAUGGGAAGGUGCUUGCAGUGAAGAAAAUAGAUACAGCUGCUUUAUCCAGUGAAAUGUCUGAAGAUUUUGUGGAGGUGGUUUCAAAGAUCUGUGACUUGCAUCACACGAAUGUAACAGAGUUAGUGGGCUAUUGUUCUGAGCAUGGACAACAUCUACUAGUCUAUGAGUUCCAUAGACAAGGAUCCCUACAUGACUUGCUGCAUCUAUCAGACGAAUACAGCAAGCCCUUGAUAUGGAAUUCUCGAGUCAAGAUAGCACUUGGGACAGCUCGUGCAUUAGAGUAUCUUCAUGAAGUAUGCUCUCCAUCUAUUAUUCACAAAAACAUCAAGUCAGCGAACAUACUAUUAGACACUGAGCUGAAUCCUCACCUUUCAGACUCUGGCUUGGCAAGCUUUCUGCCAAAUGGAGAUCAGGCAUUGAACCAGAAUGCAGGUUCCGGUUAUAGUGCACCUGAGGUCGCUAUGUCUGGCCAAUAUACUCUUAAGAGUGAUGUGUAUAGCUUUGGAGUAGUGAUGCUGGAACUUCUUACUGGGCGUAAACCAUUUGACAGUUCAAGGUCGAGAACUGAGCAAUCUCUGGUCCGUUGGGCGACACCACAGCUGCAUGACAUUGAUGCAUUGUCUAAAAUGGUUGAUCCAGCACUAAAUGGACUUUACCCUGUUAAAUCUCUCUCCCGGUUUGCUGAUGUUAUCGCUCUUUGUGUUCAGCCUGAGCCUGAAUUCCGACCACCUAUGUCCGAAGUGGUGGAAGCACUGGUUCGUUUAGUGCAGCGAGCUAACAUGAGCAAGCGAACGACUGGGAGCGAACAGACAGCAGGCUCCCAAGCUGAAAACUCGUCAGAUGCACAGGAUUACAUGUCUUAG